GCUUUGACCAGAAAUAUGAGUGGUAUGGUGGAAAUUGAAACGGAUCGAGCAGUAAGCUUGGAACCGUAUAGCGCGUGCAAAGCGCUUGGCCGUAUCACACUACGUUCAGCCGGACAAACCAUAGCCGCGGGUAUCAUCGAAAACCUUAUUGGCUAA